UGAGAAACUGUUGCAAGCAAGCAAGCAAGCAAAAUCAAUCAUCAAUCGGAUUACAAAAACAACAAAAAAGAAUCUGAAGAAACCUCUUUCCCUUUCUCUUCUCCGAUUCUCUCUUUUGAGCCUGAUAACCCAUCACCGUUUUGCUCCUCCCGCCGUAUAGUUUAAAGCUUCCACGCCAAUACUAACCUCACCUAACCACGGCGCCCGGCGGUUGGAUUCCACGGUUUAUCAUUACGUAUCUCGGCAAUUAACUACCUCCGGCGAGACGGCAAUCUCACGAUACGACGCAGUUUUUGAGCGUUACUCGCAGGCUGGUUCGUAAUCUGAGAAGAAUGGAAUUGAAUACCAUCAAGGAUGCAUUUGAUCGUGUGACAAAGAAGCAAAAACUUUCAUCUUCAAAAUCCCAGGAAAUGAUAGAACAAAUUGCACAAGAAAUGCAACAAGCUCUGUUAAGGAUAGAAUCUAGUAAAGAUGCUAUGACUGAGACUGAUCAUAAGGUAAUCCUCCAAGAAUUAAAAGCCAAGUUGAAAGAAGUUGCUCCUCUCAGUCAGCUUGAAUCCACACAGAAGGAUCUAAAUGUUGCAUUAACCAAGUAUCCCAAGCUUUUAGAGAAAUCCUUUAACCCUGAUAUAGCAAAGGCCUACAGGAAUGUUGAUUUUGAUACCCAAAUAGUUAAUCAGAUAAUAGCUAGCCAUUUCUACAGAGAAGGUCAGUUUGAACUGGGUGACUGUUUUGUGAAUGAAGCUAGAGUAUCCGAAGGGGAAGCUGCAAAGUCAUCUUUCUUCGAAAUGUAUCAAAUACUUGAAGCCAUGAAGUUGCGGAACUUGGAGCCUGCACUGAAAUGGGCUGCUAGCAAUCACGAUCCGCUUAAACAAAAUGGAUCAGACAUCGAGUUUAAACUCCAUCGCCUUCAAUUUGUGGAGAUCCUGCAGAAUAGGAGUAGAGAGGAAGCUUUGAAGUAUGCUAAGACUUUUCUGGCUCCUUUUGCUACCAGUCACAUGACUGAAUUCCAGAAACUCAUGUGCUCUCUGUUGUUCACUGGAAGGCUCGAGUCUUCGCCAUAUUCUGAAUUGCUAUCCUCAGUGCAUUGGGAAAAAUUGUCUGAGGAGCUUGCACGGCAUUUCUGCCAUCUAAUUGGUCAAUCCUAUGAAAGCCCAUUGAGUGUUACAGUUGCUGCUGGAGUCCAAGGGCUACCCACCCUUCUAAAGCUGAUGAAUGUAAUGACUGGCAAAAAACAGGAAUGGCAGACGAUGAAACAGUUACCCGUCCCAGUGGAUUUAGGCAGAGAAUUUCAGUUCCAUUCUAUCUUCGUCUGUCCAGUAAGUCGUGACCAGGCAAGUGAAGAGAAUCCACCUAUGCUCAUGUCCUGUGGGCAUGUUCUCUGCAAGCAAUCUAUUACCAAGCUGUCAAAGAACAACAGCACUAGGCCUUUCAAGUGUCCUUAUUGUCCCUCUGAAGUUGAAGUAGGUCAAUGCAAGCAGUUAUAUUUCUGAAGUGUACACAAACAUUCUCCUGUUGUACUAAAAUUUGUUGUUUUUCUUUCCAUCUUUUUCCAUUCCACGAAAACUCUGUUCUCUGUUUUCUGUGACGUUGUAUACUCAGUAGCAUAGGGUUGACAUGGCGUAACGAUGCCGAACUCAGGUUUUCGUCUGUUGUAGCUUCUGAUGAACAGGUGUAAAUACAUAUUCUUUGCACAUACAUUUCAUCAGUAAGCAGCUCCCUUAAAUGUCUAAUGCACAAGUGGCAUUUGAAUUGUCUACAGCCUGAAUACACUGAUGAUAGUCUUCAAACAGCC